AUGUGCGAAGAUGUUAUGGACGAGACCUACAACAAGCGCUCCAGGGGUCGUCCACCUGGCAAGCCUACAACGAAGUCACCUCGACAAAAGGCAUCAGUCAAAUCACUUGCAGAGGAGAGACCUUCGUUGGCGGCCGGUGGUAACUCGAUCGACGAUCGUAUUCUCGACCGCAUCAAGAAAUGUCUUGAGCGCGCAAACCAUGAGAAUACAACAGAGUCUGAGGCAAAGGCGGCCCUCUUUCUGUCGCAAAAGUUGAUGGCCCAACAUAAUGUUACCAACGCCGACCUGCUCUCGAAGGAGUCAGACGAGCAGGUCCAGUUUGCAGGAAGCAGUAUCGUGGCCAUCACUAGCACAAAGGAAGGGAGCACCUCUAUACAAAACGAAGGUUUUGUUAUCAAAGCUGCUCACGCCAUGCAAAUGUUUUUUGACUGUCAAUUCUAUUCCAGCCGCAAGUUCAACUCAAUUGAGUGGACAUUCUAUGGAAUCGCCGAGAACACAGUCGCUGCUGCCAUAGCUUUUGAAAUGGUCUACAAUCUCAUUUCACAAUGGGCCUUGGCCUAUAAAGGCGUGUCAGCCAGGUUUAACUAUGCCUGUGGAGUCGCUUCCGAGAUGGCUCGAAAAGCAGGGCUAGAAACCCUGAAUGAGCGCAUUAGAGAAGAAGAACUUCGACGCCAGGAAGAGCUGGCCAGAUUGAAUCCCGUUCAAAGCGAAUCCGGUCCUAUUAGCGAUGACCAGUUGUCUUCACAAUCAAGGGCGCCGAGUCCCACGGAUUUGGGCAACCCGGGAACUAUUCCCAAGACUAACAACGGGGGCAGAGACGGGGACACCAGCAGCGACGAGGAGGAAGCAGGAUGCGGUUUUACGGUUGAGCCUGAUUUCAAAGAAGAGGAUGGUGAUUUGCUCGAUCCCACCGCAGAUUUGGACGAGGAGAUUGGCAGGCUUCUGAAACGCGAAGCAUCACCAUUUAUUAACUUGGAUGGUAUACAGUCAGAGGAGGAAAAGCAAUCGCAUUCCUCAACCGGUGAGGACACGGCUAUGCCUAGGGAUAUUGCAGUAGCUAGUGUUCCUGCAGCGAGCCUGUGGAAAUCCGAGAUGCAACUUAUUCGGUUCCGCCAAACGUCAAAGAAAGUAGGGGACGACUAUCUGAAGCAACAAAAUAUCCGGUUACACAGGGCAGCCGGAGGUACACAGCUAUCAAAGAUGAUUCAGCCUAUUGCCAGGGCGUGGAAGACAGUAAGAAGGUCGAUGUCCGACGCAGAAGGCUUGAGUGAGUUCGGGAACCUCACCUUAGAGCAUCAUGGAUAUCUUCCUGUCCAGAGCAUUUUUCGGCUUUCUUUCUCUCUCUCUCUCUCUCUUUAA